AAAUGAGGAGCGUGAAAGGACGCCCGAGGACCCCUCUCAGUACUUCCGCCACGCAGACUUCAAAAUGACGUCCUUUGAGAGAGGUCCAUCUGCAGUGUGAAGGGUGGGAAGUACUUUCUACGUGGUCGACGGAAGCUCAGCACAAACUGCGGGACUGCAGAGAAACCCCCUAAGUUGUUUAGGUCUAGUGUGAACAGAAGAUUGCCCCAAUGAUUUGUAUACUGCUGGUCGCUGGACACGGCACACUUUUAGAGGCUGAAAUAAAGCAGAACGAUGGUACAGACCUUUACCGCCACCUAAUUGGGGUACCAGUGACCUUACUUCCUGGCAUUGGAGGAAAGAAGAUUUUGGACUUUUGGUGGAAAACUGUCAACGUUUUUGUCUUCUCUGACCUCAGGCGUCAGUUAUUCACAGAGGCGUAUCUUGUCACGAAUGCAGACAAAUAUAAACAUUUUGAGCGCUGGGCCACAGCCAAUGAUUUCCCAGUGGAAAACAUAAUCAAUAAUGGCAGCACCACAGUGGAAGACUGUCUUGGCGAUGUGGCUGACCUGGAGCUGGCUAUACGCUGCCGCAAGCUGCAAGAUGACAUCAUGGUGAUAGCAGGAAAUAUGUUAUGUGAGGACCAAAACUUUGACCUGGCUCAAGUGAUCCGUUUCUUCCGGUCAAAGCCUGGAGAGCUGAUCAUCUACUAUGAGAUGGAGGAAGGCGGGAUAAGCACCUCCAGGGGAAUUGUGGAAGUCUGCCCUGAUUCCCAUCGGAUAACUCGUUUCUUGGAGAAACCCUGGGAAGGGCUCACAUCUUCCUGUCUGACCAGUGUGGUGUUUUACUGUAUCCGGAAAGAGACUCUGCCCUUCCUGUCUGACCAUCUAAGUCAGACGGAAACCACAGACAGGUCCUUUGGAAGAUUCUGGGAGCGAGUGAUCAACCAGAAUCAACUUGAUGUGUUUGGAAUGAAGCUUCCAACUGGUUUCCAGCUAAUUGGACAAGUGGGUCUGUCAGACUACAUGAAGUGGCUCACUCGGUUCUCCACCAAGCAACAAGACAAUUCCACCAGACCAAUCACGUUUCGGUCUUUUGCCAGGGUUGGAUUAAUGGGAAAUCCAUCAGACGGCUUUAACGGGAAAACCAUCGCUAUGACUAUCAAGAACUUCUGGGCCGAGGUCACCUUAGUGAAAAGCCAAACUUUGGUUCUCCUUCCUCAUCCACUUAAUGACCCCACAGAGUUUGGAAGCUUGCAAGAUUUAUUUAGUAUCAGUCGGAAAGAAGGGUACCUUGGGGGCCUCCGGCUCCUGCAAGCGACUUGUAAGAAAUUCUACCAGUUCUGCUGCAAACAUGGCAUCGCAUUGACAAAGAAGAACUUCACACUGAAGUAUGACACAAAUAUUCCUCGACAAGUGGGCCUCGCUGGGAGCAGCGCCAUCGUCUCAGCUGCCCUGAAGUGUCUCAUGACAUUUUUCCACCUCACAGAUAAUGAUCUCCCAAAGCCAGUCCGAGCCAACUUCAUUCUCAGUGUGGAAACUGAUGAACUUUUCAUUACCGCGGGCCUUCAAGACAGGGUGGUGCAGGUCUACGAAGGUUUAGUCUACAUGGACUUCAGCAAGAAGCUCAUGGAAGAACAGGGUUACGGGAACUACAUCUCUAUGGAUAUGUGUGGCCUGCCACAAUUCUGGUUGGCCUACAUGAGUGACCCCAGCGACUCUGGGCGCAUUCAUAACAACGUCCGACAACGCUGGCUCAGUGGGGAGCCGCUUGUCAUUGAAGUCAUGGAGACUUUUGCUCAACUUACUGAUCAAGCCAGGGUGGCUCUAAAGGACAGAGACUGGAACCAUCUAGCACAGCUAAUGGACCAGAACUUUGAGCUAAGGAGGUCUGUGUACUCUGAUGAAUGCCUUGGUCCUGGCAACCUCAUGAUGGUGGCCUUAGCAAAGCAGUUUGGCUCAGCUGUGAAGUUACCAGGCAGCGGAGGGUCGGUGGUGGGAUUGUGUCUCAACCCAGGAAAACUAGUGGAGAUGAGACAAGCUUUCCAGGAGGCCGGCUGUGUAUUUUGUGUCAUCACGCCAUACAACCCGUCUGCCAGCACUGUCAUCAGUUAA